AUGAUCAAGAUGAGAAAAAAUGAUGUUUUUUGUUUGCCUUGUUAUGUAUGCUACAAAGGUAUUAGUAAUUCUGCACUUGUGGUGACUGGUUUUAAAAGUUGGAAUCUAAAGCAUAAGUUGAAUAAACAUGUUGGUGAGAAACCAAAUGGUCAUCAUAAAAAGUGUGUGAAAGCAUGUGAGGAUCUUAUGAAGAAAAAGCAGAGUAUUGAGUUUUCGUAUGCAAAAUAUAGUUUAAAAGAAGCAAUAGAUUAUCUUGUUCGUUUAAAAGCAUCACUUGAGGCUGUCAAAUAUCUUGUUAGAGGCGGAUUGACAUUUAAGACACAUAAUGAGGGUGAAAAUUCUAUUUAUAAGGAUCAUUUUCUAGAGUUUGUAGAAGCCUUGAGGAGAAAUAAUGAGAAAAUAGAUGCAGCAAUAACAAGUGGUGAGGGAAAUUGUAAGAUGACUUCUCCUGUUAUUCAAAAAGAACUUGCAAAUGCAUGUGCGGUUGAAACUAUUAAGAAGAUAGUUGGAGAAAUUGGAGAUGGCCACUACAAGUGUUGA